AUGGGCACAAUUAAGUCAAAACUAAAUCAUCAUAACUAUACCCAUAAUCAUAAGCGGCUAUUAAUGGUGGGACUGGACUCGAGUGGAAAGACAUCCAUAGCUAAUAGAUUCAUAUAUGGCAACGAGACGUACGUAUAUCCAGUACUGCCCACUAAAGGCUAUACUGUAUAUAAAAUGGUAUAUAAGGGACAGUCGUAUACUCUAUGGGACUGUGGGGGAAGCAAAAGGUUUCGGGAUUUAUGGCGCAACCAUUACGCGGGUACUUAUGGCCUGAUAUUUGUCGUGGACGCCAGCGACCGGUACCGUAUGGGUGAGGCCAAGGAUGUGUUGCAUACGAUUGCGAUGGACAGGGAGAUGGAGGACGUGGUGGUCGUCGUGUUGGCUAAUAAACAGGAUGUGCCUAACGCGAUGAAAGCCAAAGAGAUUGAGUUUGCAUUAGACAUGAAUCGCCUGAACCAACAGCACUGGCAUAUCCAUGAGGUAUGUGCUAUGAAUGGCUAUAAACUGGACGACUGUUUGCUACCAUUCCGGUUGAAAUUGAAAGCAAAGCCAACACUGAGUCGCAAGGUAUGUGCUAUGAAUGGCUAUAAACUGGACGACUGUUUGCUACCAUUCCGGUUGAAAUUGAAAGCAAAGCCAACACUGAGUCGCACUAAUAGACUCGUACUGUAUAUGGCAAGAGACGUACGUACGACCAGUACUGCCCACCAAAGGGUAUACCAAAUGACAUAUAAGCGACAGUCGUAUAUCCUAUGGGAUUACGAGAUACUCGUAAAAGGUUCAGGGAUUUAUUACGCGGGUACUUAUGUUUUGAUACGUGUCGUGAACGCCAGCGACCGGUAUCGUAUGGAUGAGGUCAGGAUUGCGAUGGACAGGAAGAUGGAGGACGUGGUGGUCGUCGUGUUGGCUAAUAAACAGGAUGUGCCUAACGAUAUGGCUAUUUUAACAUGA